AUGAUGUUCAACAGUAAAGCAACCCUCAUGUUGGUCGUUACUCAAAUGAUUCUUUUGCACUCGACUGUUUGUAUUGUGGAUGCACGAAGUAUAACUGUACCCGAGGACAAUAUCAACUCUGUCGUUGAUGAACAGCUCAGAUAUCCAUUUGUCGCGGAAAUAGAUGUACCCUUUCGAUCCGCCUAUUCCGAGGCCGCAAAACGUGCUGUUCGAUUGAUGCGCCUGGGCUAA